CGGCGGCGCGGCGCGGCCAUGGCGGACCCAGACCCCGGGCCCAUCGUCACCUUCGGCAGCCUCAUCACCGAGGGGACAACGCUAAGCCGGCGCGGGCAGCACCACAAGGCGCUGGGCUGCUUCAACAAUGCACUGAAGCUGAGGGCAGGGGACAAGCAGUGCCUUAUCACCCGCUCCAAAUGCUUCCUGAAACUUGGGGACACAGAAAACUCCUUGAAGGAUGCUGAAGCCUCGCUCCAAAGAGACAAAGCGUUCACCGAGGGGCUUUACCAAAAGGCAGAGACCCUCUACACCAUGGGGGACUUCGAGUUCGCGCUGGUGUUUUACCAUCGAGGCCGGAGGCUCCGCCCGGACCAGCACAAGUUCCAGCUGGGCAUCAACAAGGCAGAGGAGGCAAUUAUGAACUGCAUUGGCAAUCCAGCCUCGGUGAAGCUGGAGAACAAGGAGGAGCUGGGCUUCGUGAGCAGGCAGGCAGAGAGUAGAAAAAACAACCAGAAACUGCAAAACAUAGCAACUAAGGAUCAAAAAGGGACAAAAAAGAAGCAGCGUGUGAAGAAUCCAAAAACAGAGCGAGAGCUUCUGGGACAGCUUUAUGAUGACAAGACCUUCCUGGAGAAGUUGCUCAAGGAUGAAGACUUGAUGCAGAUCAACAUGAGGCAGGGGGGGAAAGUCGAAGACCUGGUUUUGGAUGGCAUCUCCUACCUGAACCAGCGCCGGGACUUCUGGCAGCAGCAGAAGCCGAUCUAUGCCCGGCUGUACGAGCGCCGGCUCCUGCAGCACAGGGGCAUCGGGGCCAGGAAACGGAAACCGGCUGAAGUUGCCAGAGCCAUCGCCAAGGACAUGGAGGAUAUUGAGCUGAUGCUGGCCAGAGGCUCUGCUGAGGAGAGCUGCAGGAAAGCUGAGCGUCUCCUGAAAAAGAUACAAGGGCGGCCAGAGAAUGAAGUUCCCAACAAGAGUGAACUGAUUGGGACCCUCCACAGCUGCAUUGGGAACGCACAGGUGGAGAUGGGACAGAUGGAGGCAGCUCUGCGCAGCUAUAGGAGGGAUCUGGAUUGUGCCAGGCAGAAUGCUCUGCCCGACUCCGUGUCCCGGGCCCUGGACAACAUCGGUCGCGUGUACGCCCGGACCAGCAGGUUCCAGCAGGCCAUCAACACCUGGGAGAAGAGGAUUCCAAUGGCAAAAUCCAGCCUGGAGAAGGCCUGUCUGUUCCAUGACAUCGGCCGGUGUUACCUCGAGCUGGGAGAAGCUGAAACAGCCCAAGACUGCGGAGAGAAGUCUCUGGAGUCAGCGGAUGAAGAGGGAGAUGUGGAGUGGCAGCUCCACGCCACUGUGCUGGUGGCACAGGCACAAGUGAAAUUAAAGGAUUACCGGUCUGCGAUCCUGAACUUUGAAAAGGCCCUGGAGAAGGCGAAGCUCGUGCCAGACCAAGCUGCUCAAAACACCAUCAUUGCGGCCUUGGAUAAGGUGAGCAAAAGCUACAUCAAACAGCUGAGCAAAGGCGGCGAAGAAGAGACAGUUCCCUCACAGAAAGAUCGUGACUCCAGCCGUAGAAACACAAAAAGCAAGUUGGAGAAGGACAGAGAGAGGGAGGAAGGGGAACAACGUGUGGGAAAUCAAGAUGAGAAGACAAAAGAAGAAGCCAAGGAUGAUAGAAAAAACACAAAAAACAACAAGCUUAAGAAGGACAAAGAGAGGGAGAAAGGGGAACAAGACAUGGGAAAUCAAGAUGAAAGGCCAAAAGAAGAAAAUGGGAACGAUACAGGAAACACAAAAAACAAGUCUGAGAAGGACAUAGAGAGGGAGGAAGGGGAACAAGACACAGGAAAUCAAGAUGAAAAGCCAAAAGAGGAAGCCGGGAGUGAUACAGAAGUACGUGGAAAUGCCAGUGAUGGGGAAACGGACAAGGAAAUAAAAGAAAGCAACGGGGAAAAGUAGAGCAGAGGCGGGAGGACUAAAUAAUAAAUGUUGAACAAGAGACAUA